AUGGACUCCGACAUGUCAUUUCACUUCAGUUCUUCAUCCCCAUAUUCACUCUGUCUGGCAUCUACACCAGGCUCAGUCCGUUCGACACGGCUAGAGUACCUAAGCUUGGCGUACGAAUGGCACAUUCCCGAGGUCCUACAAGGCCAUGUCUUCCAGCUAUGGGAGAAAUUCACAGCAGAUCUUCGGAUCAAAGUAGAUGGCAUUGCCGACCCGCCUGCCUCUGUACUGGAGCUGUUAUCCCAAUUUCUACUACACGUCAUGCGAUACGAGCAGGAUGAACCUCAAGGCUUGUUUCAAUCCAACUGCCUUGAGCUUCUUCUAGCCCAGAUAGAAUCAGACUUCCUUGGAGACUCCAGCAUCCAAAGCAUCGUGUCUGAUCUUCCCGGAACACCUUUGCAAAGGCAAAAUGUCAUACAAGCGUAUGUGGCCGCCAACCAACAUAUAAGACAAUCGAGCCUGAGGACGGCACCAAGAACUGCCCUCUUCGACCAAAGCGCAAGCCAAACAACUCAGACUUACGCCAUCUUUGGCGGUCAAGGGAAUACCUCAGACUAUCUACAAGAGCUGCGCUCUCUUUUCGACACAUAUACACAUGUCGUCGAACCAAUACUGGCGACUGCUGAGGACACUCUCCGGGCCUUUCUCCGGAACGCAUCUUCAUCCUGCCUCAAGCACUUCAAGCAUGGUCUAGAGAUCACGCAAUGGCUGCAGAGACCUGAAGGUGCCCCCUCGAAGAAUUACCUACUAUCAGCACCUGUCAGCUUUCCUCUCAUAGGACUGUUACAGUUCGCCACAUACGCCGUCAUCUGCUGGUCUCUCAAAAAGACACCAGGAGAAGUGACCCACAUCUUCAAAGGAAUGGCAGGCCAUAGUCAAGGCGUCGUCGUUGCUGCCACUCUCUCAACAACCACAACAUGGGAGUCACUUCACUACGCUCUUGUUCAAGCAUUGACUGUGUUGUUCGAGAUCGGUGUUGCCGCUCAGGAAGCGACACCGGAUAUGGAUAUCCCGGCUUCUGUCAUAGCGGAAACUACCAACGCUGGCGAAGGAUCUCCGACUCCAAUGCUUAACGUUGCAGGGUGCGAUUUGAAGCGCCUGCAGUCCUACAUGAAUAAGGUGAAUGGCUUUCUUAAUGAGAGCCAGCGAGUCUCCAUCGCACUCAUCAACGGACGCACAAACUUUGUCGUAGCCGGGCCUACACUCUCAGUAUGUGCUCUUGCAAGAACGCUACGCCGACUGAAGGCGUCUCCGGAAGAGUUCCAAGACAAGAAGCCGUUCUCAUCAAGGAAACCGGAGUUCUCGCUCCAGUUCUUGCCUAUAUCAGCACCAUUCCAUACACCACAUCUCGACAAGGCAGUUCCCGGCGUAUUGGCUGCGCUAGAGAGUGUAAGACUGUGCCCAAGCAGUUUCAGGGUGCCUGUCUAUCACACUCAUACCGGAAAGGAUCUCCGGCAGCCGGGAGCUGAGAGCAUCAUCCCUGAUCUUGUUAAGAUGAUCUUAUGUGAGGUUGACGAUUGGCCCUUAUCUACUGGGUUCAAAGCUGCCACGCAUGCAGUCGACUUUGGCCCAGGUGGCCCAUCUGGUGUCUGUUCUCUCUUAUUACGUAACAAAGAGGGGACUGGACUGAGAGUGAUUCUUGCUGGCCUUGCUGAAAGCGCUUCACCUGAGCUCGGAGAUAUGGCUGAGCUGCUGAGUGCCAAGCCUACCUUCGGUGCAGACUGGGUCGAGAGAUACUCGCCACGGUUAGUCCAGACCGAGGGAGGUAUCGAGAUCCGGAACAAGAUGACCCGCCUUCUCGGCCUUCCACCCCUCAUGGUAGCAGCCAUGACUCCGACAACAGCUUCGUGGGAGUUCGUUAGUGCUAUCGUCUCCGCAGGCUAUCAUGUGGAGUUCGCAGCAGGUGGUCUUCACACUGCAGAAAGCUUCACUGAUGCUAUCAAAAGCCUCGCUAGCUCGAUCCCAUCCGGCAGAGGCAUCUGCAUCAACAUCAUCUAUGCUAGUCCCCGCCAGGUGCGAUGGCAACUUCCACUCAUCCGAAAGCUUCGAUCUGAAGGUUUCCCGAUUGACGGUAUCACUUUCGGCGCCGGUGUCCCUUCCACUGAAGCUCUGAGAGAGUACCUGGAUAUCGGCCUGAAGUACCUGUCCUUCAAACCCGGGUCGACUUCUUCGAUUAGCCAGGUCAUCGCCAUUGCACGUAUGAACCCAGAUGUUCCGAUUGUAUUGCAAUGGACCUCUGGUCGGGGUGGUGGCCACCAUUCCUAUGAAGACUUCCAUGAUCCAAUCAUCAAGAUGUACGCCAAGAUUAGGCGAUGCGACAACAUCGUACUACUUGCCGGAAGUGGCUUUGGUGGUGCCGAUGAUACCUACCCUUAUCUUUCUGGAAACUGGGCUUUGCGAUUCGGUCUUCAACCUAUGCCGUUCGAUGGUGUGCUAUUCGGCAGCCGGAUGAUGGUCGCCAAGGAGGCCAAGACUAGUCAAGGAGCCAAAGAAGCGAUCGUGGCGGCUCCUGGAAUCGACGAUGAAGCGUCGUGGGAGCAGAGCUACAAAACCCCAGUCGGUGGCAUUGUCACAGUCAAGAGCGAGAUGGGUGAGCCCAUUCACAAGUUGGCGACUCGAGGUGUUCUUCUCUGGCGAGAGCUUGAUGGAAAGAUCUUCAGCAUAUCCGACAGGACUCAGAGACUGGCAAAACUGCUGCAGAUGAAAUCGUAUAUCAUCAAGCGGCUCAAUGACGACUUCCAAAGGGUCUGGUUUGGAGUUGACAGCCAAGGCAACGCUGUCGACCUGGAAGACAUGACCUACGCCGACAUUCUUCAUCGUCUCAUUCAGCUCUGCUAUGUCGCGAAAGAGUCUCGCUGGAUUGACAAGGGCUACAAGCAGCUUACAGCGGACUUUGUUCGUCGCAUGUGCAGCCGGUUGCAGCGGUCUGUGCCGCCAAAGCUCGAUAUGGAGGAACCUCUACAGGUUCUGAAAGAGGUAGUUACAUUCUGCAAGUCGGCAGAUAAGGUCGUCGCAUACAGCGAUGCUCGAUACUUCUUGCUCCUCUGUAAACGCCAGGGCCAGAAGCCACCUCCCUUCGUCCCUGCCCUCGACGAAGACUUCGAAACAUGGUUCAAGAAGGAUUCGCUCUGGCAGUCAGAGGACCUUGCCGCAGUGGUUGAUGAAGACGCUCAGCGCACUUGCAUUCUGCAGGGCCCAGUGGCGGCAGGAUAUUCUACCAAGAUCAACGAACCAGUAGCGGAGAUACUGGGCAAUAUCAGUCAACAGCACGUCUCCAGAAUCCUGAGAGAGGUAUACGACAGUGACGAAACACUCCUACCAGUGGAUGAACAACCGGUCCGCUGCGACGAAACAUCAUCCCUUAAAAACCUCCCAGAGUGCUGUCGCAUUAGCCAACAAGGAUCUGAGACAGCUAUCUACAUCAACGAGAGAGCGUCACAAGAUCGACUACCACACAUUGAUGAUUGGGCCAGAGCUCUUGCUGGAGCUGACCAUACAUGGCUAUCCAGCCUACUCAUGUCUGAGGACAUCGUCCGCGACAAGAUGAUCAUUCCCAAUCCCAUCCGGAAAGCACUUGCUCCGCUCCCUGGCAUACGGGUAGAGCUAUUCGAUGCAACUUCGGCGUCGGAAGCCUCUCUUAUCGUCUACGAGAAGGCCUCCAGUAGUGAGCCGUCUUUGGAGAUCCGCAAGGAAGGCGAUCUGAUAUUCGUCACAAUGUUUGUGCACGAGUCUGUGGGAAAAUCCAUGCUCACCUUUUGCUUCCGCUUCACGUAUCGGUCCGACACCCCACUUCAUCCUAUCCACGAGAUCAGUGAGGGCCGUAACGAGAUGUUGCAGGAAUUCUACGAUGGACUGUGGUUCGGCUCUGAGCGGCAUCAGGUGGAGUCAGGUACCCUGAAUCUCGACCUUUCGAAGCUUGUUGUAGAGAGCCAGCCAACUAAGAUCUCUCCGUCCUUGGUGCAAGCUUUCAUGGACAGCAUUGAGCAGCCAGAUCAAUCUCGCACGCCGAGAACAAGUGUACCUUUGGAUCAUUGCAUCGUCGUGGCAUGGGAGGCCAUGAUGAAGGCCACCUUCGCCGGUGCCAGUGGAUGUGACUUCUUGAGUCUUGUACAUCUGUCGAACAAGUUCAAGGUUCUGGACGAGAGACCUCUCGAUGUCUCCAACAAAGUUACUAGUACAGCUGAGAUCAAAGCUAUUCGGAAUCUCCCAGCUGGACGAGCAGUCGAAGUCGUGGCUACCAUCACUCGGGACGGUCUUCCAGCAGUGGAAGUCACCUCGGAGUUCCUCUUCAGGGGAACGUACACCGACUUCAGGGAAUGCUUCGAGAGAAGAAUGGAACCCAAGAUUGUGGUGACCAUCAAUCGCAUGGCUGAUAUUGCUGUUCUCAAGAGCAAAGCGUGGGUGUCACUCGAACAGGGCCUCGACUACAAGUCUCUGCUUGGUCAAAGACUUGUUUUCGACUUGCACACUCUAGGCCAUCUCGCAUCUGCUACAACCUACCGCAGCUUACAAGUUUGUGGACAUAUUUUCAUCGAGGAUCCUGAAACAAAAGUACUGCGUGCGGCAGGAGAAGUGAGAUACUACUCUGCAGGACCAACAAUCAGCAACCCGGUAUUGGACUACUUGAAUCGCUGUGGAACACAAAUCAACGGCCUCAAUACGCUUCCAAUACCGCAGCCUCUUGGAGGGAAAAGCUCUCUCAGUGUAUCAACACCUCUCGAUAACCAUGCCUACGCACGGGCCUCUGGUGACUUCAACCCAAUCCACGUCUCCCAAACAGUUGCGAGAUACGCCAAUCUACCCGGACCCAUCACUCACGGCAUGUACACCAGCGCUGCUGUGCGUCAGGUUGUCGAGAAAGCCGCUGGUUGCAGCAACAAAGUACACAUGCGGUCUUACAAGGCUUCGUUCGUAAACAUGGUUCUUCCUAACAGCGUCUUGGAUAUUCAAAUCCACCACACUGCCAUGAAGGACGGCUUGCGUAUUCUGAACUUCCAAGCUGUGCACUCAGAAAGCAAACAAGUAGUCCUAGAAGGUGAAGCCGAAGUCGACCAACUGCUUACAGCAUACGUCUUCACUGGCCAGGGAAGUCAAAAGCAAGACAUGGGCAUGGACCUAUACACCACAUCUGAGGUUGCACGCCAAGUCUGGGAUGAAGCCGACAGGUUCUACUCAGAGACAUACGGCUUCCUGAUUAGCGAUAUCGUCAAGCAGAACCCCAAGCAACUGACUGUCUUCUUCGGCGGAAGACGCGGCAGAAAGCUUCGGGAGAAUUACAUGAAGAUGACGGUUGAGUCCAUCGACGGGCGACCAGAACGCUUCUUCAAGUCCAUCACGCCCACGACAACAAGCUAUACCUUCCAACACAACGCUGGUUUACUCUUCAGCACCGAGUUCGCCCAGCCCGCUCUCACUGUCAUGGAGCGCGCUCAAUUCCUGCAUCUGAAGAGCCAAGGGCUGGUCACUUCAAGUGCACUGUUCGCUGGUCAUUCACUGGGCGAAUACACGUCUCUGAGUACAAUCGGCGAGAUCAUGCCUUUCCAGAGUCUUCUCUCGGUGGUAUUCUACCGCGGUUUGACGAUGCGAAGUGCCGUCAAGAGAGACGCUCAAGGCCGUUCAAAAUUCGCCAUGGUUGCGGUGAACCCCAGCCGCGCCAACACCACACCAGCCGUACUUCUGAAACUUGUAACGAGCAUCGCAUCAACUCUACCCGACGACUUGCUGGAAGUUGUGAACCACAACGUCGAAACUCAGCAGUACGUUGCUGCUGGCACAUUGAAAGCAUUGGCCUGUCUGGGCGACGUAAUGGACUACGUUGCUAAGAACAGGAAGCUUUCUCCUGAGGAUCUGGCUGCGUUUGUUACGUCUAGAGCUGCUGCUAUCACAGAUCAAAUGCCUGAGCUCAAACGGGGAGUGGCUACUAUCCCGUUGGAGGGCAUUGAUGUGCCUUUCCAUAGUAGUUUCUUGUUGCCCAAGAUGCCUGCUUUCCGACGCGUGCUUCAACAGUAUAUCGAGCCUAAGGCUAUUGAUUCAAGGAGAUUAGUUGGGAAGUAUAUCAGUAACGUCACUGGGAAACCGUUUGAUAUUUCGUACAAGGGGGUUAGUUCAUUGCAGAGGUUGACUGGAAGCACUGUUUUGCAAAAAUUGAUAGUGGAGAUGGUGGCAUGAUGGUCAGAGAGUGGUGGAGAGGAUGUUUGAUUUUCAUAUGUGGGAGUUUUUGAUAACCUGGUCACGGCGUUCUGUGCAUAUUGAGUCUUUGGCUGGCCGCUUAUAGAGUUCUUGAAUAUUUAUCUGACAUUCUA